CACUCUCUCGCGCUCCGUAAGCGGAGGCUUCUGCCCCCAACAAAGAUGGCUGCCGACUCUGUCCUACUCUGCUCUUCGGCCGGUGUCGAAUGCCAGACUUUCACUUUCGGGUCACUGUUGACGGGGAUGGCGCCGAUUCCGAAGACCGCGGGGCUGGUCAAGCUAGAUUCCCUCCAGACCAUUUCUGUUAUGAGGGGGAAACAACUGGACAGAAUGACAAGGCCAAGGAGGCUGAGAGACUGGGCACCUACUGUGGUCUCCAAAAGUCCUUCCUAUACCCUCCACAAGGGUCUAAGCCCUGCCCUCAAAGCCCUUCUGCCUCGGCAUCCUGCCUCAGUGACUCAGACAACCUGCUUCAGGUGGCCAUGCCGCAGAGGCUCCUGCUGACUGAAGAGGAAGCCAACCGCCUGGCUGAGGAGCCAAUGUCUGAGCAGGAGCGCAUGAAACGGAAAGCAGAGAAGAAACGACUCAAAAAGAAGGAUCGGAAGCAAAGGGAGCAUUUGGAGCAGGAUGGCGGGGAGUCCAACGCAAAUGUCUACAGGCCGAGGCAUUGCAGAUGGGGAUGGGAGCCCCCGUCCAGCUCUGGGAACCCAGCUCAGGGACAGUGUUGCGAGGAAGAGCAUUUUGAAGAGGCAGCUGCUGUGUUCCAGGAGACUCUGAGAGGCGGAUCCCAGCCUGACGCAGCCUGGGAGCUCCACUCCUGCCUUCUACAACUCGCUCUGCAGGACCAGCGAGGAGGAAGCCCUGGGCCGCCUCUGUCAACUGGAUUCCCCUAUGCAUUUCCCCAUGUUGAGCUGGGGCCUUCAGGCCUCCUCUCCCUCAGUUGCCCUGGAAGCACUGCUCCGAGGGCCCCUGGCCUUCUGUCUCCACCCUUGCAUUAUCCCCCACAUCACCUGAGCCACUGCAGCUGGUCCCUCCCCCAUACUCAGAGCAGAAGACCCUGUCCUCUCCAUUUACAGGACUCCUCAAAGGGCUGGGGCAUCCUGGGACUUGGGCCCCAGCACCUACCUCACACCAGAUGAAGGAGGACCUGUCCCUAAUAAGGCAAGGCCAUGUGUGCAUCCCACAGGGAUGAAGGACACUGUGUGGUAGCAGUUCACUGCACAUUUUGAGACCUGUACUCUAAAACCACGGUUGGGAACAUCCCUGGCAGUCAUGCCUCUUGCCACAGAGACCUUCUGAUGAGAGAAAGGAGCCCUACAUCCACUGCAAUAGGCUUUCUUUGGUUCUUAAGCAGAUGGCUUCUUCUGGGAGCAGUAAGGAAAAAUAAAAUCCCCCAAGGCUCAAGAAGGGAUCUGUACAAAAGUUCAGGUUUUCAGACUAUAACAGACCUGGCAAUGGGGGCAUUUGAGGCUUGCCCUGCUCUGUUUCUUGGCCCUGGGGGACUCACUCACCGGCCAGAGCUCUGUGCUCAGGAUGGGGUCACAGUAAUGAAUAAGGCCCAAGUCUCGCCCUUCAGCUUGACAGAUGCUCACUUCUUCCUAAUCCCAGUUCUUGCCCUGUUUUCUCAAGCCUGAGCUCUUCAUGCCCUGUUUCCUGUCCACACUUCUCUGCAUAUUCUGACCUCUCCUUUGCCCAAUGGUCUGAUGCUCACCUCCUCCGACUGCUAGAAGAUUCACCAAGGGUUUGUAUUUACCAGCUUACCAGCUCCUGCCUGGAGCUGGCAGAGCCCAUACAUCUCCACGUGCCUGCACUGCUGGCUAUCCCACUGAUGGGGCCUUAGCAGGUACCCAGGCUUCUGCUACUUUGGUCAUGGUCUUUCUCCACUCCAGCACUGGGCGUUGUAACCAGCCUUUCCCCCAUGUGAUUUACUUAAUUUUUUCCACCCAGGGUCACUGCCCCUAAAGAACGCUAAAAUCCUCUACUUUCUGUAUAAGAAUCAUGACCUUCUGGUUUCUCCUCUAAGAUCCUGGCAGCUGCUCCUGGCUGGUUCCUCCCUAGCUCUGGCUGGGACUCUCAGUUCAUUUAAAUAUGGAUCUGCAGGGGACUUUUAGGCCUCCAGAAUGCCUUUCCUAGAGGAACCAUUUAUCAGGAUGAAUGAAUGACUCUUGCUGCCCUAUGGGUCUUCUUCAGCACCGUUUGCACCUAGAGAUAGGAGAUGCUGAAGCACCUCUUUAUUUAAGGCUGUCCCAAAUUCUUUUUAUUGCUUAUGGUUUCAGGCCCCUUAAAUACUGUAUGACAGAUUGAAGUCUGCCAUUACUAGUUGGGUCACCUUCGGCAGAUUUCUUAACACCUGUGCUUCAGUUUCCUCAUCUGUAAAAUGUGGGCAAUCCCUACCCCACAGGGCUGUUGUGAGGGCUGAAAGAGAAAGUGUGAGAACCUACCUACCCGAAGCCUGGUACACAGUGGGUGUUAAAUAAACUGAUUUUUA